UAUAUUCAACCUUUUUCUCUCUAUCUUUCCUUUCUCUCUUCCCUUUCAUUCUAAACCCUAAUCCACAGAGCUUACAAAGAAAGAGAUAAUGCAGAAAAUAUGAGCCAUGGAUUCUGGGAAUAGUGGCAGUGUACAAUCUUCAAGUGGCGGUGAUGAAGAGUAUGAUUCACAUGGGGGCUCAAUCUCAACUUUCUUGAAUUCUUCAGCCCAUUUUGGUUCAAUCUCAUCAAAUCCACUCCCACAAUUUCUUUCUCACCAACACACUCUCUUUGACUCACAAAAUUUCAACUCCAAUUUCCAAGAUUCAGCAAAUUCUCUUUACAACAAUGAUCUUAUCUGGCCUAAAUCCUUGGGAUCCGAUAACAAUUUUAACAACUUUGGAAACUUAAAUUCCUCAUCAUCAAGUGCUACUAAUCAUGCUAUUCUGCUUACUAAUACUCAAGGUACAUCCUAUGAUUCAAUACCAAUAAAAUCAACCAUUGAUCAUCAGCCUAAUGUGGGGAAAAAUCCUAAGAAACGAAGCAGGGCAUCGAGGCGGGCGCCAACAACUGUUCUAAUAACUGACACUACAAAUUUUCGACAAAUGGUUCAAGAAUUCACAGGGAUCCCAACAACUCCGUUUACUGGUUCAGCCUACACUCGCCGCCUUGAUCUUUUCUCAACUGCUACCUCAGUCAUAAGAUCAGGCCAUUUGGAUAAUUUGGGACAUCUUUUUACUUUAAGGCCGUCCACACAAAAGGUUCAAGAUUCUCCAAUAUUUAUGCCACCAUCUGGUGCAAUAAAUAAUAGCAUGGUUGCUAUAACAAAUGCUUCCACUUCUGAUAUUGGAAUUUCAAAACAAGCACAGAAUAAGUUGUUCAACAUGCAGAAUGAUGAGAUUCAGUCAUUUUCUACAUCAGAAUUCCAUUCUGAGAAGGGUUUUGAAAAUUAUGUGUGCACAGCAGGUGAAGGAACAGUAGGUUCAUGGACUUGCCCUUCUGGCUGACUUGUUAGGCGACUUGGCUCACCCUAAUACUAUAUUUUUUUAAAACUUAGAUUAGUAUUGGCAUGGUGACAUUGUAUGUGGCAAAAUAACAUUGAUGAAUUCGUUCAUCUAGGUCAUGAGUGUAAUUUCAUUAAUUAGUAAGUAUGAUUUUAGUUUGUUUAAUUAUAUGUAGCUUAUUAUA